AUGGACGCGCUCUUGGAGCAGCUCUCCGCCGUGGCCGACACGGCUGUCGACGGCCGUGGCUUCGACCCGGCCCAGUUUGCCGGCGUCCUGGCGCUCUUCGAGGGCCACGCGCACGCGUGGUGGGCGGCCGCCGAGGCGGAGCACGAGGCGGUGGCCCGCGACACCGAGGCGGCCGUGGUGACCGCUGAGGGGCACCUGAAGGGCGUGAUGGACGCGGCCGUGGGCAGGUAUCGCGGCUCGUCCGGCCAGGCCGACGCGCUGUCCGCGGCGACGGCGGCCAUGGAGACGGCAUUCAAGGCGACGUCCGGGACACAUCGCUGA